CGACGCCGCGUCCUCAACCCUUCUGCGAAAACAAGCGAGAUGGCUGCGAUCGCGGGAUCUGCCGCCGUCGCGCGCGCGGCGCCCGCCCUGGGUGCCCGCCGCUCGGUCCGCUCUGGGAGUGCCCUCCCCAAAGCUGCCUGCGCGCGCCGAAACAAGCGUGUGAUGGCCACCACACGCGCCACCUUCGCGGGCGGCCUCGGGGAUGACUUCACGGCGCCCACGCCCAAGCCUGCCGCCCCCACCCAGGCAUUCAACGCUGCAUCCAUCAAGGUCAUCGGUGUCGGUGGUGGUGGUUCCAACGCCGUGAACCGCAUGGUUGGGAGCGACAUCAACGGAGUGGAGUUCUGGAUCGUCAACACCGACGCUCAGGCCAUGGCCACCGCGGCGGUGCCCUCGUCCUGCCACAUCCAGAUUGGCAGCGAACUGACCCGUGGCCUGGGCGCGGGCGGCAACCCCGAGAUCGGCCAGAAGGCGGCCGAGGAGAGCAGGCAGUCCAUCGAGCAGUCGCUCGCGGGCUCUGACAUGGUGUUCGUGACCGCCGGUAUGGGUGGUGGCACCGGCUCCGGCGCUGCUCCCGUCGUCGCGGGCGUGGCCAAAGCGGCUGGUAUCCUCACCGUCGGCAUCGUCACCAUGCCCUUCAAGUUUGAGGGUCGCCAGCGCUACAACCAGGCGAUGGACGCCGUCGAGCGCCUCCGCCGCAACGUCGAUACCCUGAUCGUCAUUCCCAACGAUCGUCUCCUCUCCGCGGUCGACACCGCGCUUCCCGUGCAGGACGCCUUCCUCCUUGCCGACGACAUCCUCCGCCAGGGCGUCCGCGGCAUCUGCGACAUCAUCACCCUUCCCGGCCUCAUCAACGUCGAUUUCGCCGAUGUCCGCGCGGUGAUGGCGGACGCGGGCUCGUCUCUGAUGGGUAUCGGUCGCGCCACCGGCAAGAACCGCGCGCGCGAGGCUGCCGCGGCUGCCAUCUCCUCGCCGCUCCUCGACCUCGGCAUCGACCGCGCCACCGGCAUCGUUUGGAACAUCACCGGAAGCAAGGACCUCACCCUUCACGAGGUGAACGAGGCCGCCGAGGUCAUCUACGAGCUCGUCGAUCCCUCCGCGCUCAUUAUUUUUGGCGCCGUCGUGAACCCGGCCAUCCAGCUCGCCGAGGGAGAGGUCGCCAUCACCCUCAUCGCCACUGGCUUCCAGCCCUCCUCAAACCCCCAGGCUGGCCGCGCGCCUCCCCAGCAGCAGGCGGCGCCUGCCCGCGGUGGUGAGAUCAUGGGAUGGGGCGCGGAGGGUGGUGCGCCCCCUCCUCCUCCCCCUCCUCCCCCCAGGGGCGGUGGUGGCGGCAUCCCCAGCUUCCUCAAGAGGCGCAUGGGCCGCUAAAUGUUGAGGAGUAGGUGGGUGUUGGCGCCGUUGAGACAGUUGUGAAAGUUUAGAGAAACCCUUUGUGAAUACUGAUCAUACUAUGAGCG